AACGGUUCUUUUUUUCUCACUCCAAACUCUCUUGUAGAGUCUGUCUCAGAAACCAAACAUGGCUCCUCUUGUUUCUCUUUUUGUUCUAUUGCUCACUGCUUCUUUGGCAGAGUCCAAGACUUACUGGGCUGACGUGGCAUCUCUUAAAGAAUUCAAAAACUCUGUCGACGCCAAGUCCAUGACCCCUGGCUCUUGCCUCAGUUCCUGGGACUUCUCCGUCGAUCCCUGCGAUAGUUUAUCCGGCGAAACAUUCACUUGCGGUUUCCGCUGCGACACAAUCGUUUCCGGAUCAGGUCGGGUCACGGAGCUAAUCCUCGACGCAGCCGGUUACUCCGGCUCCCUCUCCUCCGUCUCGUUCAACUUCCCUUAUCUUCAGACCCUCAAACUCUCCGACAACCACUUCUCCGGUCCACUUCCCAACUCACUCUCCAACCUCACCCGCCUCACUACCCUCUUCCUCUCCGGAAACUCCUUCUCAGGAUCCAUACCCGCUUCCCUCGGGUCAAUGCCCCUUCUAGAAGACCUCCUCCUCGACAACAACAACCUCAACGGUUCCGUUCCGACAAGUUUCAACAAUCUUUCCAGCUUAAAACGGUUAGAACUCCAGCUCAACAACAUCUCCGGCCACUUCCCUGAUCUAACCUCGCUCAAGAACCUAAACUACCUCGACGUUAGCGAUAACCGAAUCUCCGGUUCGAUCCCAUCAUCGUUACCCGGUUCAAUAGUCCAAAUCUCAAUGCGGAACAAUCUCAUGGAAGGAACGAUACCAGAGAGGUUCAGAAACUUAACCUCUCUUGAAGUUAUCGAUCUUAGCAACAACAAACUCAGUGGCUCGGUCCCAUCGUUCAUCUUCACUCAUCAAGCUCUCCAACAGCUUACUCUCUCCUUCAACGGUUUCACCUCGUUAGACUCACCUUACUACUCACCUUCAGGUCUCCCCAGCGAGCUAAUCUCCGUGGACCUCAGCAACAACAAGAUCCGAGGCCCAUUACCAUUGUUCAUGGGUUUAUUACCAAAGCUCUCAGCUCUGUCGUUAGAGAACAACAGCUUCUUCGGUAUGAUUCCGACACAGUACGUUUGGAAAACCGUGUCGCCUGGGUCCGGUUUCGUCGGGUUUCAGAGGCUUUUACUUAGCGGUAAUUUCUUGUUUGGUGUUGUACCGGGUCCUUUGAUGGCGCUCAAGGCUGGUUCAGCAAAUGUGCAGCUCGCUGGAAACUGCUUCUCGUGGUGUCCGGCGACGUUAUUCUUUUGUCAGGGACACGAACAGAGAUCUGUUAGGGAGUGUAGAAAGUUUCGCCGUGUAAUUCCUUGAUUACUUCUUUUUUUUUUUACAUGGCUUGAAUCUCCGGGUCGGGUCGGAUCUUUGUGAUCAUGUGGAGUAGGCCUGUUCAAUAUGGUGUUCGGUCCGGUUUCGGUUCGUUUUCUUCGGUUUUCGGUUAUUCGGAUUAUAAAAAUUAGCUACC